AUGGCGGCUUUCUCGAACGCCUCCGACGCAUUUUACGACGAACGAACCUCACCACGAGCAUACCGCAACCCACACCUGAAUCGCCAGGCGAGUGGCGGUGAUCCUUACAGCAGCAUGAAUCCCCCUAUGUUUGGGGCCGAGGCUCCUCUGCAAAACAUGCGGUUUGACAACAUGAGAGAUGGUUUCGGCGCACCCAUGCAGAAUGCUGCAGCUGGAAACAUCCACUUCCCCUACGAUGCAAGCGCCGCUCAAACCUGGAGUGCAGGGGGGGCUUCUUUGGCUCCUUUUGGGAAUGGCAUGGGCAACAUUCCGCAAAACAACAACUUCGGUCCCUCGCGCAGUAUUAAGCCAAGUCGAGGUCGUGUCGGCCUUCAGCAGCUAUGGUAUGAUCAACCUCAGCAGCAACAUCCUGCGCUUGUGGGACACCGACCGGGUCCACAAGGACGCAACGACUCGCAGGACGACGAUGACGAGCUUAUUCCCACUGCCAUUGUGAUAAAGAAUAUCCCCUUCGCGGUCAAGAAGGAACAGCUUGUCCAGCUGAUGGUUGAUAUGAACCUCCCUCUCCCAUAUGCUUUCAACUACCAUUUCGAUAAUGGUGUCUUUCGCGGUCUUGCCUUUGCCAACUUCACCUCGCCCCAGGAGACUGAACAAGUCAUCCAGGCCCUCAAUCAUAUGGACCUUAGCGGGCGCAAGCUGCGGGUCGAGUACAAGAAGAUGCUUCCUUUGGCUGAGCGAGAGCGUAUCGAGAGGGAGAAGCGCGAGCGACGUGGUCAGCUAGAAGAGCAACACCGUCCAAUGCCGCAGUCACAGCUUCACAAUCAAAUCUCCUUGUCGUCAAUGUCCCGAAACACCCCGUCGCCACUCUCACAGCGCGCUGGCAUGCCUGAGGUGGACAUGAAUGACCCAAAGACGCUCGAGUUCUACACUGAUAUGACGCUGUUCAGACGCGAUCCCAGUCGUGAAGUUCUCAUCUUCCCUCCAACUUUGGAACCCAACCACCGCCGCGUUGUCCACACCCUUGCUCACCACAUGGGCUUGACGCAUGUCUCACGUGGCACAGGAGAUCAACGACAAGUCCACAUCCAUCGACCGGCAGCGGGGACGAACGUCAGCCCACCUACUCUGCCUGGAGCGUUUGGAUCCAAUGAAGGCUUACGUCAGACCCUUGGCAGGUCUUCCACGGCCGAUUUCAAUGAUGGCAGACCAUUUGAAGGCCCUGGUUUCAACACUCUGCGCGGCCAGUCGUCCGUCGGCCUUCUGGACGUCAUGGACCCCAACGCUUAUGGCAGAUCUGCCGACAGCAAUCUGCGCAAUGCCAAGUCAUUUGCUGACCUGCGCUCGUGGAGCCCGUCGCCAGUGCCCUCCACGGCAAGCUUUCCAGCGGCACUGCAAACCAACGGUGCCCGUCUCCAGGCUCUGAACGAUCCUGCUGGAACCAACACACCUACUUUGACCCCAACUGCCUCUAACCCAGGCGCCGGUGUCAACCGAGAUGAACCAUUCCUCAUCUCCAGCUUCUCAAACCUGUCAAUGUCUAAUAACAACGGUGCCCAGACGAGCCCCCGCCGUCAACGAAGCUUCUUCGGAAACGGGUCCGAGUGGAAUGAGGGACAGAACUAUCAAGCCACUGCCCCCAUCGGCAGUAAGCGAACUGUUAGCAUUGGACCAGAGAGCACCACUCAACCAACGAACCCUUUGCGCCAAGCGCGCGGUCCCAGUUCCAGCAGCGGCUUGGGCUUCACUCGCCGUCAGAAUGGACGUGGCAGUGACGAAUUGAGGACGGCCGCAUCUGCGAUCGCCGAAUGA